AUGUUUCCUAAUCUUCCAACUCUUCCGAGCAAUCCAAUAUUUAGUGGAUUUGCUCCAAUUCUUUCUCAAUUUCCUCUUUUUGCUUCUCUAGUUCCUCGACCUCCUCAAAGAGAUCAUGUUAUCACCACCGGAAAAUGUGCAGGAGGAGAGACCAAAAUAGUCACUGUAUUUCCAUGGAAAAACACAACAGUCAACAGAAAUAUGGGGCAUAUGGAUUACGAGUUGAGCAGAUUACAAAAGUAUUCUGGGAUUUCAACAAACGAGUUUUGUCCGGAAAUUACAAAGACACCGGUACAACACAAUUCCAACUUCGCUGUAAUUUACCGAUUUCCUUAUCUCACUUCAACUUGUGAUCGACUUCGUCUCUUCGUUCGAAAUGCAGUUUCAUGGAGUUCUGAAGUGAGCCGAGCCCGUGUGGCUUGCGAGUGCGACAAAACAGUGGAACUCAUACGUGGCUAA